AGGGGUCCUGCAGGAAAGAGACAACAAGGAGUGUUAUUAUCGACAAAAGGGGGCUGCGUGAUAUCACGCAGAGUCCUUCAUAUCUGUCCUCUUCUUAAAGAAGGCAUGUAGGCCUUCAUUAACUCUGCUGGGAGAAAAGAGAGCUGCUGUGAUUAAUCUUCAACUCGAAGAGGAGGUAUGGAAGAGAGCAACCAGCCCUCACAUGUGGAAGCUCCAGCUCGCUCCUGUCUCCUCAGAGCUGUCUGUCUCCUCACAGGGGACAUGCAUGUCUUCAGAGAAUGGAUGAAACGACGGGUUUUGGUAAUCCAGCUGCUGGACUGGAUCUUCAGAGGAGUGGCCCAGGUCAUGUUCGUCAACAACCCUGUCAGCGGGCUCCUCAUCACGACCGGCCUCUUCCUGCAGGAGCCUUGGUGGGCUCUGAACAGCCUGCUGGGCACCGUCGUGUCCACCGUGUCUGCCGUCUUACUGGGACAAAACCGGGAGGCCGUAUCAGCCGGUUUAUAUGGCUACAACGGAACCUUGGUGGGGAUGCUGAUGGCUGUUUUCUCAACCAAAGGGAGCUGGUACUGGUGGCUGCUGCUGCCAAAUGUGUUCAUGUCCAUGUUGUGCCCAGUGGUCUCCAGUGCUUUGUCCUCAGUUGCCAGCAAAUGGGACCUCCCCAUAUUCACCCUGCCCUUUAAUAUUUUGGUGUGUAUUCAUGUCGCAGCUACAGGAUUCGACCACCCUUACUUUCCAAAGGUGGAUUUCAGGUCAAAUGUGCACUUUCGUAACGACUCCAGCAACUCCAGUGACGACAGCCUCAAUAUCUCUCAGCUCUUCCUGUCAGUGCCAGUUGGUGUUGGCCAGGUGUACGGAUGCGACAGUCCUUGGACAGGAGGUCUCAUCCUUCUGGCCCUGCUGCUUUCCUCACCGACUGUCUGUUAUCAUGCCAUGUUGGGCUCUGCUGCUGGCAUCCUGUCUGGACUCGCUCUGGCAGCUCCUCACGAAGACAUUUACUCAGGGCUGUGGGGAUACAACAGCGCCCUGUCCUGCGUCGCCAUCGGAGGGGUCUUCUAUGUCAUAACGUGGCAAACUCAUCUGCUGGCUGUAAUAUGCGCAUUUUUCUGCGCGUACACGACGGCGGCGAUCUCAAAGCUGAUGUCCGCGCUUGCAUUACCAGCCUGCACGUGGCCUUUCUGCCUGUCGACUCUCAUCUUCCUCCUCAUUUCCUCCGAGAUCCCGGCCAUCUGCAGACUGCCUCUUUCAGCGGUCUCCUACCCCGAGGAGAAUCUGCGCAACCAGAGACACUCACGGGCCCUGGAGAAGGCUCAGCACAGUCAGCAGAGCGGAGGCCAAGAAGGGGCCCGGCUGAGGGAGAGCGCGGGGCCAAACGUCCAGUUGGUGGUUGAGAGGGGACGGCAGUGAGUCCGUGUGAUUGUCCUGACAUUUACCUACCUACAGGAGGGUUUAAUUGUUGGAACAGCACGGCGGUAUACAGCUCUGGCAUUUCGUCUCUUACAUAACAAAAUAUCCCAUAUAAAAUGGCUGGCAUCGGAGUGAGUAAUGCUCUUUUUCGAAAUGGCAAAUCAUCUCUCAUGCAGUAGAGCUCUCGCCCGCAGCAGAGGGCAGCACUUCACAAGGAAUGAGGGAACCGCUGUCGACGCAUCUCAAUCUAGUAACACUGAGAAAAACACUGUGGAGGCGUACAAUCAUUUAUACUAGCUUUGCAGUAAUAAACAUCCUGUGAAAUGUAGUCUUUUUCGUGGCCUUUUUGGAUUUCCUCAAAGUCUCAACAGCACAAAUUUAGCGGUCACUUUUGCGAUGGUUUUGAAUGCAGCGGCUGGAGUGUUUUAAUCAGCGCCUGCAGCGAGCUGUAGGGGAGAUUUCAUAAAAACUGCUCCUCCAGCAGAACAACCUCAUCUCUGCCAGGCACAAUCCAUCUCUGCCUUCUGUACUCCAAGCUGUCCUAUUGUCUCCCCUUAUCGUCUCUCUUUACCCCUCUUUUGGUUUCUCGCACUGCCUCUCCCUCAAUUUGACAUUUUCCUAAAACCCUUUUUUCGUUAUCUUUCUCCCUCCACUUCUCUCUCUGUCAUCUUCUGUCCUCGCCUGCUCCUUUGAGGACAGCCGGUCUCCCUCUCCCCCCCUGCAGCAGGAAGAUUUGGAUCUCUGUGAAAAGAAGCUCCCAAGAUGUGAAGUGAUAAAAACACACACACACACACACACACAGCCCUCUGUCUGGGUCUGUGUCUGCAUUUAUAUUUACAUUUAUGAGUAAAUCUUUAACGCCACCUGCCCGCCUGUGUGUCUGGUGCACCGAGGCACAUGGCUUCAGUCUAGCCAGUGCUACACGUAACAGUCACACUCUCAGACAUGUGUGGGAGCUGAAAUCCAUCGUGGGGGGAGGUGCGAGACGAGGGAGGGGGAAGAAGUUGAGAACGAGAACAUCUAAUUUUCUUGCCUGGCGAUAAAAUAUGACUUGUCAUUCUCUCUGCUCUCCCCGUUUGAACCGAAUAAACUCCUCGAAUCAGACGGUCGUCUGCUUAAUAUUCCGAAAGAAAUCACAGGGGGGGAAACUUUCCUCAGCGCUGCCUCAUGCAUAAGAUUACUUAUCCACUGCAGCAAGGAAGGUAAAAGUCACCUUCGUCAGUGGAUUUUCUCUGGCCUUUUACACAGCGUUGAUUCAUCCGCCGACCUUUUUUGAAGGACAGAGUGGGACGAUGUGAGAUGUCACUUCCCAGUGUCAGCGCUGUGUGCUCACAGAAGUGUGAUUCACCUGCAGGCAGCACCUACUGCUCCCACAAAACCUGACAGGAAAGAGUGAGACAGAGCACAGUCACACAUACACCUGCAGAUCUGCAGAGGGAGAGCAAGUGAUGUACCGGGAGUUUGUCUCCUCCACUGUCUGUCAGUUAAGAAUAGAACGUCUCAUAUAAAAAUAUAGGACAAAGUAUUUUGUAACUGUGGUUAAAUUUGGAUGAACAGCAAGAAGAUAACGACAGCAGGACGGACAAAAGAACAGGAGAAGUAGGUCAGAUUUGCCUUGUACAGUGACUCAGUUUGGACUGGAGUCAAACGACUUGUCUGGGACUUGAUGGUGUCUUCACUUGCAAGUGGGAAGUCAGAACUUCAAAGCACUGAAAGCAUUCCGGUGCGUCUGCUCGUGAAAACAUGGACGCUCGCUGCAAACAGGCGUUUGAAUGGCGAGUCUGAGAACUUCACAAGCAACCACAGCAACGGAACAGUUAAUAAAAGACAGUAUGAGUCCUGUCUUUACGAGCUCCUAAUGUAUGCCCUCAAAGACUUAUGUUGAACACAGGUCAACCAAGGGAAAGUGGAAAUAACAACUACAAAUUGUAUUUACUGCACAAACAAACACUAUAUGAAAUAA